CACACGGACCAACCACCUUCUAAAAGUCUAGCAAAGGAGAAACAUUCAGACCGAAUUUCGUAAAUAAAAUACGAUAUACUAAGCUAUGUAUUUAUUACAAUUGUUUAACAAAUUUAUCUGUUAAUUGUCAUAGAACAAUAUCAUCUUUCUCACUGUCCUAGCAAAUUUUUAACGCUAAAACUGCCAGAGUGAUCGAUGACAAAACGACCGGUUUCCUGAAAACGACCAUAAUUUUUCAUAGAAAUUUUAUACACGUACAACGUUACAUUUUUCAAUGGUUCUUCGCAAAAUACAUUAAUAAAAGCUUAUGUUUCUUAUCGCAUUAUAAACUUUGUCCCAUCGGUCGCGCUUUAAUUUCUUUAAUACAGGUUUUACAUUUUAAUCGUUGGCAGUCCUAGUGUCAAAUUUCCACGCUUUGCGUAAAUAAAUUACUCGUUGUUUUAACCCUCUGCGUUAUUAACGUCACUUCUAACUGUGUUGCUACAAAAUGCGUAACUUGCCUGAAACGUUAUAAAUUAACGCGUGACGGUAUACUAGUCGAACGAAAAAGUUUGCAGAAGCUCUGCACACGGUAUCUACGUUCUGGCUUUUCAAAACCUCUUGCCAACCUCCGAUACGUCAGCCAAAGUGACGAAAGAGGAAAUAUUUCGCGUUGCAAUCCUGUGGGUGGUACACGUUGAAACGAACGUAAAACAUCAUCGGAAUUUGAAUAUUUGCAACCACGUGGUUCGAUCGUCACGGUAAUUAAACGCAAUUAAAAUCUAUCGUUGUUUGCACAUUCGCGUUCGUAGCGAAAAUGCGGUGCAAAAAGUUCUGCACGCUCGUAAUUCGCGCGUAAAAAAGCUACCAUUUUCGUCGUUUAAAUCACAAGUAAUUAGCGCGCGUUAAGGUCUGCUUUUUCUACACGGAAAAAAUCCCGGCAAUUCAGCGUUCGAACAAAUUGCACGCGAACAAGGUAGAUAGGGAAAUUAAACAAAAUAUGGUAGAAAAUGAAACGAUAGGUAUGCAGUUCAUAUGGUUAAUUAACUCGCCGACGAAAUUGAAAUACAUUGUAAGAUACGAGUUUCCGAUAUUAAUUUCGCGUCUACGCGCUCGCAGUUACCCGGCCAGUGUAUCGAACGAGUUACGGGCCGUGCGUGUUUCUUACGCGAAAUUGUUUUUCGAAACAACGCCCGAUAAAUCAUGUCGCGAAAUUACGUCUUCGCGGCUCGUUCGACACUCUGUACGCUGCAAUUCAUCAAAAUUUGAUUUAAUGUUGACGACCGGGGCGCAUCAAUUUUCGAGAGAUUUUGAUGCAAAUUCAGGUGAAGAUGGAAAUGGUAACUAACUUCUGUAUGCUAAAUACAGAGUUGCACGGAAUUACGACUAAAUUACUCCGCGAGUUAUAAUUACAAGAUGAUUCAAUUACAUCGUGCUCGAUUACAUUGUCAUUAGAAUUCAUAAUUCGAAUCUGCCAUUAAAUUAAAUUACGAUAUAAUUGGCAAUUGCAGUUGAAGUAGGGAUUACAACGCGCAACUGAAUAAUGUAAUUGAAAGACAUAAACGUAAGAUCAGAGUUCUGACCUGGAAUUCUGUUACACACUUUAUAAUUCAAUUACAGUAAUAAUCAUCGAUGUAAUAAUUCAAGUAAUAAUUCAAUUACAUCGAUGAUUAUUGCUGUAAUUGAAUUACCGUAAAGUGCAAUCAUUGCCAUGUAAUUCGAGUAAAAUGUAAUUAGAUUACGCGAUUAAAUUACAACGUCAUUCAAUUAGCGCAGCUGUGGCUAAAUAUUAAUUGCACGUUGCGUUGGUUAAUUAAUCUGUCUUCUUUGGAAUUUCUUCAAACCAAUAUAUGAACAUACAUAACUCAGUAUAUAGAAAUAUAUCGUACGAAUAAUAAUACGAAAUUGAUUAAAACAAUUAUCGAAAAACACAAUGUAUAAUAAAUAGAGAAAAUAUUUAACUUUGAGACUAUACUAAUUAUUAUUUGCGAGAUUUGUAUUACGAUGUUGAAUUUACCAGUCUAAGGUUCCAAGCAUGGUUUAAUAAAUUUCCGAUGAUCUGUCAAAUUAAUUUUCUUUUCCCAUAUCUGUUCUAACUUAGGAUCAAGCUUGUACUUGUAUUACAUAAUUCAACCUAAUUUUCAUUUACUUACGACACAGGGAUUAUUAUCAGGAGGUGUUAGUAAUCGAAAGUUACAUAAAUAAAUUACACGAUAUAAUCCUCUGAAAUAUUUUAACAACGACAAAAUUUGUCUAUCAAUUUAUAAAUAUCAAAUCAAACACCAGCAACAAUGAUAAUAUAGGUACGGCAAGUACGCGCGAUAAAAAGCAUUUUUCAAUCAAACCGCUCUCAGUUGCGCGAACAAAAAGGUCAUUUCUAUUUAGGAAAAUUAAAUUACGUCCAUUCCCAAGCUACCCAGUUUUAAAUACCGCGUACGGAACGUUCACCGCUAAAAAUAAAUGAAAACCACGCGGGUCUCUCCCUUCCCAGUGCUCAGGAGCUCGAUUGUCAAUUAAAAAAGACAGGGAACGUAGAGGGGAAAAAAGCAGCUCGCGCGUCGGUUCCAAUGGCUGUUGUGGACGGUGUUUUAGCCUCGAAUCGAAAUCAAUAAGCCGAUUAUUGGUCGCACUGAACGGAGAUUACGUUGCUUUGAAUUGACACCCCGACACUAGCUACGUGCGCCGAUUGAAUUUCGCGGACUUUCGAGACGGCCGGAUGUCCGCUCCAGUUCCUUUUUCCACGUCUGAUAACAUGAAAUCAACGCUCAAUGUAAUCCUCGUGGACACUCCGCGAAGAAUCGACCUUUUGUGACGGCCUGGCCAAGUUUCUACCUAUUGUGCCAUCCGCGUUAUUUGCUUACACGCAAGUGAACAAUACCGAAGCAACGCCACCGGCGUGAAAAGAAAAAUGGAGACGUUUGCAGGAAGAAGAAAACAACGCGAUGGCUCUCUUUUUUUCAACGCCAUCUGUCCGGUUUACGAUAAACGAGAAACGCUAACUAAGGCAGCGCCUAGCCGCGAUAUAACCAAACUAUACGACGGGAUAAAGUUCGAAUGGAGUUUGAACCGAGAGCACGAUAAUGUGAAUAUCUGAUUUGCUUUUAAUGUAAAUUAGGAGAGAUUAGAGGAGACUGAAUUGGAGUUUCGUAAACGUUAGUAGAUGGUAGUUUAUAGUAUGCGAAGGAUUAAAUUGUUAUAUAGAUUUUGAAAUCUCUGUAUGUAUGUAUAUAUAAGAUGGAACAGAUAAUGCGAGCAAGUGUGAAAAGGGGACAUCGUAAACCUUGAAUGUAAGUUAAAUUAGGAUAGGUCAAGGAGUAGAGAAGUGUAUUAAGAUAAUAUGCUAUAAUUGAUAUAACAUGAUUAGUAUUUCGGCUAAAAAGAUUAGAUUAUUAUAUGAGUAUCGAAAUUUGUGUAUGUACAAAAGAUGGAAUUGAUAAUGUAAAGAAAUGUAAAUAAGAAGUAUUGUAAACAUCGAAUUUAAGUUAAAAUACUUUUUAAAUGGUUUACUGAAUCGGUACACAUGGCAGGAACCUCCUUGGAGAAAUGUUACAUAACAAAGGCUAGAAGGAGCACAACUGACGACCUUGUCGAACGAAGCUAACAAUAUCCUGCCAAAUUUCGGUUAAAUCUCGCGUGCAAAACAAAGCAAAUCCGACGCGUAAUGGAUCACCGUAAGCAUUGUGAGUAUUUACCUGACUUUUAGACAGAGGACGCUGAGCCGAUACAUCAUUUGCCAUCAUAUGGAUUUUGGCAGUUACAUGCUCGCACAGAAACAACAAUGGGGCAAACGGUAGGACGUAUGCCUCACUCAUGGAUCGAUUUAUUGGAGGAAAAGGAUCGUGUUUUGUAUUGGAGUGGCGAGGUGCUAUCGAGAGUAGCCGACAACGUAAAUCAAGAAGAAUCGUUUCUGAUCGACUACGGUAAUGAGAGCAUCGACAAAAAGGUCGACUCGUGGAUGGAAUCGAAUCAAGCGCGGAUCGACAGGAUUUUCAGUAAACACCCAGACUUGCCGGAAGCGUACAAAAUAAAAAUAGCGAACGAACUCGAACAAAUAACGGGAGAGUUGACGAUGCAAAUGAGAAACGACUAUUACCACGGCUAUAAGGACACUGUGAAGUUUACGAAGAAAGUAGAUUUGCUAGGAGAAAGACAGCGUAAGAUACAUGCGAAGAUUCAGAACCUCGAGAACACUUGCCACGGGAGCGUGAAAGAAUUUCGAAGAAAAUUCGGCCCGCUCCGAGCGAAAACAUUCAAGAACCUUAGAAUAGGGGAAAAGAUGAUAUUCCAAGACAAGAAACUGAAGUCACAGUUCGCUAAACGGGUGCACGAUAUAGAUCAUAAGAACGUGGAAGAGUGUGCCAAGUGUAUCGAUAAAUUAAUAAAGAUCAUUGAAAAAGCGGCGCUUACACAACAAUGUUGAUAAUAAAACGGUAAAUAAAUGAUAACAAAAAUACGGAUUAAUUUAGCGGAGUUAGGUAUAAGAUAACAUUAUAAAAAUAACGAAAUCGGAACAAAUAAAUGUAAAACGAACAAAAUGAAGACAAAUAAAUGUAAAACUAGCAGAGUGAAGACAAAUAAAUGUAAAACUAACAGAGUGAAGACAAAUAAA